AUGGCUACGAUGUACCCCAACGUGACAACAGAUGAAUACCCUGACUACGGAGGUCUAGAUGACAACUUCCAGCUCUGCAACAACACCAAUGUAAGUGCCUUCAACCAAGUCUUACUUCCUUCCCUCUACAGCAUUGUCUUCAUCGUGGGAUUCAUUGGAAAUGGCCUGGUGCUGUGUGUCCUGGUCAAGUACCACAACAGUUCAAAUGUGACAGAUGUGUGCCUCUUCAACCUGGCCCUUUCAGACCUCCUCUUCCUGAUCUCAUUGCCUUUCUGGGCUCACUACGCUGCCAUUUCUGAGUGGACCUUCGGGGGCUUCAUGUGUCAUGCAGUGACAGCGCUCUACAUGCUGGGAUUUUAUGGAAGUAUCUUCUUCAUGAUCCUCAUGACCUUGGACCGCUACGCUGUCAUUGUCCGUGCCCAUAAAUCUCUCUUCUCCAAGCACCGGUCUGUCAGAGCUAGCAUAGCCCUGGCUUUGUUUAUAUGGGCACUUAGCUUGGGAGCUUCUCUGCCAAACAUCAUUUUCUCUAAAGUGAAGAAUGAAUCAAACGGGUGGAUAUGCACAGAGGAAUAUCCAGAAGGGACAGCAUGGAAGUUAUUCUCUUACAUUGAACUGAACAUCCUCGGCUUGAUCUUUCCUCUUUCGGUGAUGGUGUUCUGUUACAUGCGCAUCAUCCCCAUCUUAAUGGCGAUGAAGACUCAGAGGAGACACAAAGCUGUCAGGCUCAUCCUGGCUUUGGUUAUUAUUUUCUUCCUCUUCUGGACGCCCUACAACAUUGUCAUCUUCCUGAAGUUCCUUCGCCAAUUAGGCUACAUGAGCACCUGUCAGUGGGAACAGGACCUGCACAUGGCUACGCAGUGGGUGGAAACCAUAGCGUUCAGUCACUGCUGCCUCAACCCCAUAAUCUACGCCUUUGUGGGGCAGAAAUUCAGGACUUUGGUUCUCAAGAUACUAAAACAGUGGUUUCCUGUUUGCUUUGGUCAGUGCACAACAAUCGGCAGUGAGUUCUCAGAGAGGAAGGGCUCUAUGUCCUCACACUAGUCAAUGAUUUCCAGCACAAACAUUGUGUAGCCAAAAAUUCAGCAGUUAAAACCUGGGCUAAUCAUUCCAGGUGUCAUCACCAAAGCGCAUUUCACAAUUCUUCAUACUUUGGUUUGAUUUCACUUUUUCUGAAGAAGUUUUUUGGUUACACAUUCAUUAUUUUACUUUUUAAGUUAAUGCCAUUUUCAUAGGUUGUGCGUAAUUUAAAAUGUUUAUGCUUGUAACAGAGCAUGCAGCAAUCAAAAGGUGUCAUAAGCCCAUUAAAAUGUAUAUAUAUAUAUAUUCUAUUCUUAUAAUACGCAAUCACAUGACGUUUACAUUUCAAUUAAAUCUCAUUAAGAUGUAAAUGUUUGCGUGUUAUAUAUGUGUCAUACUCUACGUACGUCAUUAUGUAUACGGAGCCCGUUUAUUUUGUUUUAUUUUAUUUUGAAAGAUGUUCCUAGAGGUUUGAUAUUUCACCCCACUGAACACAUGAGCAAUGAUGGGACGCUAAUAAUAGACCUGUCGUUAUUCUGAUUAAUCAUUUCAAAAGUUUUGAAAAAAACCUGUUUGCACCUUCAAUACCAAGAAAAAUUGUGUAAUGUCACAUUCUGAGUCAUGAUGGGAUGAAAAAAGUUCCCCCAGCGCAUUUAAUAUAUAACAAAAUGUACUUAAUUAAAAGCGACAUAAGAAAACAAUUAAUGAUAGGGUGGUGUGAUUUGGCCUGACUCGAAACAGCAUUAUUUUUACCAUCGCGAAGUUACAUUGAUGGCAGUUGGGUUAAAGGUUAAGAGUUAAGGCCCAGCAGUGAAAGUUUGAUAGUAAAUUUAAUAUAAUGUAAUCAGUAUUAUUUGUCAGUUGCAAAGACGUGAGUAUGGAAGCCCUAAGCGGGCAUGUAUUAUUAUUUUUUUCUUUGGGUUUUCUCGUGAUCUUGACACAUCAAAAGCUGUUUCCUUACAGCGUUAUUUAAUCUCGCGCCUUGUGAAUGGGACUGGUAUUACAUGCACGUUGACAUCUUCGCCAUCAUAAAUGUAAUAACUGCUGCCCGGUGUAGAGACGGACUUUAUCUCCACAUUAAGAGAGAAGGGAGUGUGUCCCCCUUCUCAAGUGUUGGACACUAAUGUGGAAGUCCUCGAUCCUGCAGGCAUGAGGUAUUUUUGUAGGCCAACCCGGAAGUUAGCAUCACCCUGGUUCCCUCGACAAAAAUCCAAAAGGAUUUUUCCAUUGAUUUUUGGAUUAUUGCAGAAAAUAAACUCUGUGACAAACAAAAGUUUAUGAUUCUUACACGUUUUGUUCAUUAAGAUAAUCUUCACAAAUGAACACAACUUGAAUGAAUUUUGAAGCCUAUACACUCGCCAGAAGCUAUAAACGAAGUACACCACGGUCGCAUGGCUUUAACGUCACCACCGCUACGCUUCCGACAACUCUUUCAAACUUUAUUUUAAAAAUAAUACAAUCGGAAAAUGCUAUAAAUUGAUAAAUCUACAAGUUGGAAAGUUUGAGUUGAAAUAGUUUGCAAGAGUGUGAGUAUAAACACAACGAGGCUGUAGUAGAUGAGUUUUCCUGUUCGGCGCGAUGAUGUUUAACGUCCCCGACAACCUCUAUAGUCUCAUUUAGCCACUUGUUAGCAACCGCCUUUUUCAAACCACGUAAAAGCUUAAAAAAAAUCACGAGUGGUGUAUUACUGAUGUAUUUUAUGUCGUAGAAUAAAAUGACAAAAUAUCGUGAGCUUGUCUUAGUCCUAGACCUUAUUUCAGGCAUUUAA